AACAUAAAGUUUAGACAUAAAGAAAGUAAACAUAGGAUUAAAUUUGAAACUUCGUCGUUGAAUGUUUGUAUGAUUGACCUUAGGUAGUAAUUGUAAGAAACAUAUAUUACGCGAUAAAUAGAAAUAUAAGAAUUUCAAAAGUACAUGGCACCAACGAUUAAAAGAACACCUGUUAAAACUAGGUCAAGGAUCACAAAUAAACCAAGGAGGUCAGAACCUGACAUAUCAAAAGCAGGCAAUAGUCAAAUACGAAAUAAUACAGGCGAGAUGGAGGGAGAACUGGAGCGUUUGAAGGAGGAAAUGGCGAGUUUCGCGGGUUUACGAAAUGCGAUUGAACAGCUACAGGCACAACAAGCAACUAACGCACAGCUGGCAAACGAAGUCGCAUUGUUGAAGCUCCAGAACGAACAACAAAGACAGGCUCUUCAACAGAUACAGAAUCCAGUUCAACAACCAGUUACCAAUAACGAUCAAAUAUCGGUUAAAAUGUGUGAAGGAAGAGUGUAAAUUGUCGAUAGUCGAAAGUAAAUUAUCAGGUAGAGCAAAAAUAUGGUGGGAAGCGAGUAAAGAAACUAUCAACACGUAUAAUGAUUUUAAAGAAGCCUUUAAAAAUAAAUUUUAUUCCAUUCCAAUCCAAGUUAAAGUCAAAACAAAGUGGAGUUCAAGAAGGUAUAAUCAACAGGAUGGUUCACUUCAAACAUAUUUUUUUAAACAGCUUAAGGAAGCAAAAUACCUAUUACCGAAACUAGACCAGUUCGAAAUAAACUAUACCAUUAUCCAACAAUUACCAUAUAAAAUUCGUGAUACUCUAGCAACUGUGAAUAUGGCGGAUACAAAAAUAAUAGAACAAGCUUUAUCGCAAUUAGAUGUAAAUUAUGAAGAAAGAAACAAUAAUAAACACAAAUAUCAAAAUCAAAGUAACAACAAUCAAGUGAAUAAUGUAAACAACAUGCAAAUUCAACAUAAACAACAGCAACAGAUAAAUAAUACAAGUAGGCAACAAAAUUAUCCAAAUGCUGCAAACAACUUUUAUCAAAAUCCUCAAUUUGGUACAAACUUAUCACCAUGGCAAUAUCAACCGCAAGUUCAAGCAUCAACAAGCAACCAAAUGAAUUUACCAAACGUCAAUUAUCCACCACCUUAUUUCUCAGGAACCAAUAAUCAGAUACAGUCAUUACAAACUCAAAUGCAAACUAACACCAAUAAUUUACAAACCAGUCCAAAUAGAAAUUUAAACUAAUAAACAGCUCGAUGUGUAUAAGUCCGACAUCGAGUUGGGAUUAUGCAAAUUUAGUUGAGGACUUAAUGCACGAAAUUGGUAAUGCUGAAGAAAAAAUUGAAAGAGUAAAACAAAACUUAUCGAAUGGUCCAAAUGUAGUAAUAAAUGUGUUAAAUUAUCGAAUGGUAGCUUUAUUUGAUUCAGGAAGCCAAGUAACAUGUAUGUCUGAAAAAGUAUAUAAAUCUCUCAAAGGUAAUCAUAGUUUAAAUGAACUACCAGUUACAAAUGUAGUAGUUUUACCAGCAAUUGGGAAAAAGCCCACAGCGGUUAAGCGACAAAUUUUGGUUGAUGUUCAUAUGGGAUCGCAGAAAAUCACAACAGCUUUUUUAAUUAUACCGCAUCUGUCUAGUAGUGUGAUUUUUGGUAACGAUUGGCUUGAUAUUAAUAAAGUAGUUUUAGAUUACGGUCAGAAAACAAUUAGUAUUAAAGGUAAAGUAAUAGCUCCACCACUUUUCUCAUACGACCGGGAACCUGCGGAAAGGUUGAGCUCAUUUGCACAAAACGCGAAAAUAUAUAUCAAAAUUUUAAGAACUGAAGAUUCAGAAAAAGAACAUGAAAAAAUAGGUAAAGAAAUAUUUAAAAAGAAUUCAAAGAAAGAGAAUAAUAAUGAAGAAAA